AACUGGAACUUGAGACAGCACAAAAGAGCCUCAGCAGUCAGUAAGUACUAUCAAAAGAGCUUUUAAUCCUGAGUGGGUGCUAUUUAUAUUGUAGCAAAACAAUGAAGAAAACAAAGAGAUUAUGGAAUUAUGAACAGAGACUUCUGCAAUACUUUAUUGUGAUGUUUGUUUGGGAAGCAGUUUCUGGGCAGAUCCAUUAUUCCAUUCCUGAAGAGAUGCCAAAAGGUACUUUUGUAGGGAAUAUUGCAAAGGAUCUGGGAAUGGAUGGAAAGCAACUUUUAGAUCAUGGACUUCGUGUCAUCAUUAAGGCAGGUACAAUUCAAUAUUUUAUUCUGAAUGUCAACCGUGGGCAUUUAGAAAUUUCCCAAUUAAUAGACAGAGAGAAAAUAUGCAAAGAGACAGAAAAAUGCAUAAUAAAAUUCCAGAUGCUUAUUGAAAGUAAACUAAAGCUUUAUGGAAUUGAAGUAGAAAUCACAGAUAUAAACGACAAUGCUCCUCAAUUUCUCUCAAAGGAAUGGACAAUGAAAAUCAGUGAGAUGUCAGCAUUAAAAGAACAAUUUCCUCUACCAAAAGCUCAAGAUCCAGACCUGGGGAUAAAUUCUGUGCAAAACUACCAACUCACAGGUAGUAACCAUUUCUCUCUGGAAAUGCAAAGAGGUGAAACCAGAUCUACCAAACUGGUGUUGGAAAAAUCACUGGACAGGGAACAGCAAUCAGUUUAUGAUUUGAUCCUUACAGCUUUUGAUGGUGGUGAUCCCAUUAGGUCUGGCAUAGUACAGAUUCAUAUCAUUGUUCUAGAUGCAAAUGAUAAUGUACCAGUUUUCAGCCAACAAGUCUAUGAAGUGAAUCUCAAAGAGAACAUGCCCAAAGCAUCCGUAAUAGCUACAGUAACAGCUGUUGAUAUGGAUGAAGGAAUCAAUGGAGAAGUAAAAUAUUCUUUUGAGGAAAUAAACAAGAACAAUAAAAAAAUGUUCCUAUUAAAUUCAACUUCAGGGGAAAUUAUCCUUGUGGGGAGCCUUGAUUUUGAAACAUCAUCAAGAUAUGAAGUUGAAGUGCAAGCCAUGGAUGGGGGAGGACUGAGUGAUAGGUCAAAGGUUGUGAUUUUGGUUACAGACUUAAAUGAUAAUGCACCUGAGUUAGCCAUCACCUUUCUGAUCAACUCGGUGCCUGAGAACUCUCCAGCUGGAACAGUCAUUGCCAUUUUAAAUGCCCAAGACAGAGAUUCAGGAGACAACGGAGAGAUUAAAUGCUCAAUUCCCAGCAACCUCCCUUUUCGGCUCAAGAAAACGAUGGAGAGUUUCUACAGUUUAGAAACAGACAAAGCCCUCGACAGGGAACUCUUGCCAACUUACUCUAUCACUGUUACAGCGGUGGAUGACGGGGCACCACCACUCUCUACGUCUGUGGUUAUUUCACUCCAGGUAUUAGACAUAAAUGACAACCCUCCACUGUUUCUGGAGUCAAAAUAUACCUCCUACCUUCUAGAAAAUAAUCCAAAAGGUGCCUCAGUCUUUUCCCUUAAAGCAAGUGAUCCAGACUGGGAAGAAAAUGCCAGAAUAACUUACUCCAUCAUUGAUAGCCCAAUGCGGGACUCACCCCUUUCCUCCUACCUCUCCAUUAAUUCUGAGACAGGGACCAUCUAUGCCCUAAGCUCCUUGGACUAUGAGGAGAUUCAAGAGAUUCAGUUCCAUGUCAAGGCUCAGGAUGGUGGAUCCCCAUCUCUCAACUCUAAUGUCUCAGUGACUCUCUUCAUCUUGGACCAGAAUGACAAUGUGCCAGAGAUCCUGUACCCCUCUCCUCCCGCUGAUGGCUCCACUGGAAUAGAGCUGGCCCCUCGCUCUUCUGAGCCAGGUUACCUGAUCACUAAAGUAGUGGCAGUAGAUGCAGAUUCUGGCCAGAAUUCCUGGCUCUCCUAUCAGCUGAUCAGAGCAACAGAACCAGGGCUCUUCACCGUGGGACUCCACACGGGCGAGAUCAGGACUGCUCGGCUUUUUCUGGAGAAAGAUGCCCUGAAGCAAAUCCUGGUGGUUUUAGUGAAGGACAACGGCCAACCACCUCUCUCUGCCUCCGUCACUCUCACGGUUGUUCUGGCUGACAGCAUUCCUGAAAGUCUCUCAGAUCUGAGCAACAUCUCAGCUCCUGUAGAUCCUCAGUCAGACCUCACAUUUUAUUUGGUGAUCGGUGUGGUGUUUGUCUCCUGCUUGUUUUUUACAUUCCUCCUUGUCUUAUUGACCAUCAGGCUGUACAGGUGGAAGAAUUCAAAAUUGUUAGAGUCAGGAAGUGUACAUUUUAGUGGAGUCCCAGUGUCACAAUUUGUUGGGAUGGAUGGAGUCCGAGCCUUCCUUCAGUCUUACUGCCACACUAUUUCACUCACUAGAGAUUCUAGAAAAAGCCACUGCAAUUUUCAUGAGGAAAACUGUUCAAAUACUCUAACCAAUCAACCUCUGACCUGUGGGAUGAGUGAUUCUAUCCUAGCCUGUGGGGAUUUAAAUUUGAAGAAUGAUGAACAAAUCUUAGUCAAGGUGAGUUUAAUAUUUCAAAGCCAGGGGAAUAUCUCAGUUUGUGUGAAAUUGGAAGCUAUUACACUAAGAAGAAAAAAACAAACAAGAAAGACAAUGACAGCAAUGGAAGCAAGCUACAUAAAGGGAAUAAAGGAACUCAAUUUGAGGCAAGUACUUUUUCUGUUCAUAUUCUGGGAUUUGGUUAAUUGUGGGAUACCUGAACAGGUUCAGUACUCACUUUCAGAAGAAACUGAAAAAAAAUCCUUUGUGGGGAACCUUGCUAAAGAUUUAGAGCUGGAUGUCAAACAGUUAUCAAAAUGCAGACUUGCUGUCUCUUCAGAAAAAGAAUAUUUUGCUUUCAAUGAGCAAAGUGGUGAUCUAUAUGUGAAUGACAGAAUAGAUCGGGAAAAGAUUUGUGGAAACUCAGCUAUUUGUAUGCUGCAGUUAGAAGUUGUGGCACAUAAUCCUUUGAAUAUUUUCCACAUAAAAGUUUUCAUUCUAGAUAUUAAUGAUAAUGCUCCAUAUUUCCGAAAGAAAAAUAUCAGUCUCAAUUUGAGUGAGUCUCAUUUGCCAGGAGCUCGAUUUGCCCUGGGAAAUGCUGAAGACAAGGACAUUGGAAUCAACGCCCUUCAAGGUUAUCAUUUGAGCUCAACCCCGUAUUUCAAGCUAGAAGUUCAAGAGAGCAAAGAUGGCAGAAAAUAUGCAGAAUUAAUUUUGCAAAAGCCAUUGGACAGGGAGAAAGAGCACACACACCACUUGAUUCUUACAGCUUCAGAUGGAGGACGUCCAGUGAAAACUGGGACUCUUAAUAUAGAAGUCAAUGUUAUUGAUAUAAAUGACAAUCCACCAGUCUUCUCCCAGGCAACUUACAAAACAAGUCUGAAAGAGAAUACACCAAGAGGGACUUCUGUGCUUCAAGUGAAAGCAUCUGAUAGUGAUGAAGGGUCAAAUGCUGAGAUAUCUUAUAUUUUCUGGGAAAAUCCAGAAAAUGUGAAUCAGAAUUUUAUUUUGGAUCCCAUCGAUGGAACACUUUCACUUAAGGAAAGUAUUGAUUUUGAAGACAGAGGAAGCUAUAUGAUGAUAAUACGGGCAAGUGAUGGAGGUGGACUAGUUGCAGAUUGCAGUGUAGAGAUUGAGGUUCUUGAUGAGAAUGACAAUGCUCCAGAAGUAAUUAUUACAUCUCUAUCCAGCCCCAUUCUUGAAGAUAUUUUACCUGGUGCAGUGAUUGCCCUCAUUAAAGUCAAUGACAGAGAUUCUGGACUUAAUGGGAAAGUCACCUGCUACCUAAGGGAAACUGUACCUUUCCAGGUGGUCUCAUCAUCAGAUAACUACUUCAAACUCCUCAUAGAUGGCCCCCUUGACAGAGAAAAAACACCAGUGUAUAACUUAACAAUUACAGCCACAGACCAAGGCAUACCUCCUCUUUCUACAGAUAAAGCCAUCUCAGUACCAAUUUCAGAUAUCAAUGAUAACCCUCCAGCAUUUGAAAAACCUUCCUAUGUUGCCUACGUUCCCGAGAACAACCCAUCCGGAAUGUCUAUUUUCCAGGUUAAGGCUUUUGACCCCGAUCUGGAUCGUAAUGCUCAAAUCACCUACUCCAUUCUUAACAGCAACGUCAAGGACCUGCCUCUCUCCUCCUAUGUUUCCAUUAACUCUGAGACUGGAACUCUCUACGCUCAACGAUCUUUUGACUAUGAGCAGCUCAGAGACUUCCAGCUGCAAGUGCAAGCCCAGGAUGAAGGCUCUCCAUCUCUCAACAGCAGCGUCACAGUCAAAGUGCAUGUACUGGAUCAGAAUGAUAAUACUCCCCAGAUCCUGUACCCUUCCCAAACAACUCAGGGUUCAUCAUUCUUUGAGAUGGUGCCUCGCUCAGCCGAUUCAGGUUAUUUGGUGACAAAAGUCGUGGCUGUGGAUGCUGACUCUGGACACAAUGCCUGGCUCUCUUUUCAUCUCCUGCAGGCCACAGAGCCCUCGCUCUUCAUCAUCGGCUCCCACACGGGAGAGAUCCAAACAGCUCGAGCAUUACUUGAGAGAGACAUUACCAAGCAGAGGCUGGUCAUCAUGGUGAGGGAUAACGGACAGCCACCUCUCUCAGCCACCACGAGCCUCAACCUGGUCUUUGCUCAGAACUUCCAGGAGGCUCUUCCUGAAAUGAAUGCCCAACCUAAUAACUCAGAGGAUCCGUCCAAGCUGCAGUUUUACUUGGUUCUGACUUUGACUUUGGUAUCCUUUCUGUUCCUGGUGGCAGUGAUUUUGGCUAUUAUUAUGAAACUUCAAGGGUCAAGGAACCCCACUUUUUUUCAAUGCUUCAUUCCCAAUUCUCAUUCAAAGACUGGUACUGUAUUUCCUCCAAAUUACGAAGAUGGGACUUUGCCUUAUUCUUAUCAGAUCUGUUUAUCAACUGAGUCCAGGAGAAAUGAGCUGACUGUUCUGCGACCCAACGUCCAAAUAGUGGAGAAUAUUCUUUGUGAGGAUAAACCUGAUACCUCUGUUAUGGUCAGUGAAGGUAAAAUUUUUGAUUCUGGAAAGGGCAUGGUUGUUAAGGGCACUUAA